AUGUGGCGGCUGCGCAGCGCCCGGGCCCGCCCCUGGGCCGCGUGCACGUCGGGGGCGGGAGCGGCGCACGCAACUCCUCGGGCCAAUAAGUGCGCAGCGCGCGGGACCCCGGUGGGGAAGCUCCAGCUGUCGCGGGGUCCGCGCGGGAGUCGGGGCGGCGGAGCCAUGGUCGGCCAACUGAGCGAGGGGGCCAUUGCGGCCAUCAUGCAGCAGGGGGAUACAUCCAUAAAGCCCAUCCUCCAAGUCAUCAACAUCCGUCCCAUUACCACGGGGAAUAGUCCGCCACGUUAUCGACUGCUUAUGAGUGAUGGAUUGAACACUCUGUCCUCUUUCAUGUUGGCAACACAGUUGAACCCCCUGGUGGAGCAAGAACGACUGUCCAGCAACUGCGUUUGCCAGAUUCACCGAUUCAUCGUGAACACGCUGAAAGACGGAAGGAGAGUCGUUAUUUUGAUGGAAUUAGAAGUUUUGAAGUCCGCUGAAGCAGUUGGAGUAAAGAUUGGCAAUCCAGUGCCCUAUAAUGAAGGACAUGGGCAGCCACAAGCAGCUCCUCCAGCGUCAGCAGGCAGCCCAGCGGCAAGCAGCAAGCCCCAGCAACAGCACGGAAGCUCGGGAGCGGGUUCCACUGUUUCUAAGGCUUAUGGUGCUUCAAAGACAUUUGGAAAAGCUGGAGGUCCCAGCCUGUCAAACACUUCUGGGGGAACACAGUCCAAAGUGGUGCCCAUUGCCAGCCUCACUCCUUACCAGUCCAAGUGGACUAUUUGUGCUCGUGUUACCAACAAAAGUCAGAUCCGUACCUGGAGCAACUCCCGAGGGGAAGGGAAGCUUUUCUCUCUAGAACUGGUUGAUGAAAGUCCACUGCACUCCAGCCUGGGCAACACAGCGAGACUCCGUCUCAAAAACAAAACAAAACAAAACAAAACAAAAAUCGUCUGUGUUCUUCCUGCUAGUGACACUUGUCUGUGUCUGGUGUUUCUUUUACAGGCUGAUAAAUUUGAUGGUUCUAGACAGCCCGUGUUGGCCAUCAAAGGAGCCAGAGUCUCUGAUUUCGGUGGACGGAGCCUCUCUGUGCUGUCUUCAAGCACUAUCAUUGCGAAUCCUGACAUCCCAGAGGCCUAUAAGCUCCGUGGUUGGUUUGACGCAGAAGGACAGGCCUUAGACGGUGUUUCCAUCUCUGAUCUGAAGAGCGGCGGAGUUGGAGGGGGCAACACGAACUGGAAAACCUUGUACGAGGUCAAAUCUGAGAACCUGGGCCAAGGCGACAAGCCGGACUACUUCAGUUCUGUGGCCACAGUGGUAUAUCUUCGCAAAGAGAACUGCAUGUACCAAGCCUGCCCGACUCAGGACUGCAAUAAGAAAGUGAUUGAUCAACAGAACGGAUUGUACCGCUGUGAGAAGUGCGACACGGAAUUUCCCAAUUUCAAGUACCGCAUGAUCCUGUCAGUAAAUAUUGCAGAUUUUCAAGAGAAUCAGUGGGUGACUUGUUUCCAGGAGUCUGCUGAAGCUAUCCUUGGACAAAAUGCUGCUUAUCUUGGGGAAUUAAAAGACAAGAAUGAACAGGCAUUUGAAGAAGUUUUCCAGAAUGCCAACUUCCGAUCUUUCAUAUUCAGAGUCAGGGUCAAAGUAGAGACCUACAACGACGAGUCUCGAAUUAAGGCCACUGUGAUGGACGUGAAGCCGGUGGACUACAGAGAGUACGGCCGAAGGCUGGUCCUGAGCAUCAGGAGAAGCGCGUCGAUGUGAGGAGAGCAGUGCCGACUGGGUAGAAGUUUGCAAAUAAAGAGCCAGAAUGGAAUCGAUUUCCUCCCACCUCCCUGUGACGAUCCCGUGUUAGCUACUCCGCACAGAGGCUCUUUAUGGUAGACUAAGCAAUUUCCUCUCGUGUGUGCAUCUCAGAACCCAUUGCUAGGCAAAGGAAAUAUGCUCGGGUGGCUGUGGUGUAGACCGUGUCAGGCCUAGGGAGUCAGCCAGCGGUUAGUAUAAGACCAGUCACUCCCUCUGCCUUCAGGGUUUUGUCAAUUUCAUUAUCAUCAAGCAGGAAUUAUGUCAUAAGUCACUGACCCUAACGGCAGACCAUGAAGUAAAUUAUGUAACUAGGUUUUUGCUUCUCCAGCAGUGACCCCCCUGCCUCACAACUGGGGCUCUUCUCAGCAGGGAGAGCUGAGAAGCAUUUGUGGGCACCUGGGUAUUUUAGUAAGUGUGUCUUCCUAGAAUUCAAAGGCUCCCUCUUUCUAGAGGUGCUACAUAGUUGUUAAUGCUUGGAAUGGCAAUAGGGCAGAAUUAUUAAUCAAAGGCAUCUCUUUUCUAUCUGAAGAGUAUCCUUCCUUCAGGGUUUAAUAGACUGAGUCAUAUGGGUCUGAUACUAAUCAAAAUUGUCUCUUCUGAGGACUGCUGAUAAGCAUUGACUUGCUGUCCCCUAGGGAAAUCCAAGCGACUACAAAGCGUUUCUUUAGUUUUCAUUUCAAUUAAUGUUGCAUUUCGCUUGGUGAAUGCGUACUUUUUCUACCUGUACGUAUUCCUGGCAUUCAUAUAUUUUUUUUUUUGACUAAAGCUAUGUUACACGGAAAGGGUUUUGAAGCCUUUUGUUUCCCUUGCUUUGUUUUAAUAAACAGUAUAUUCUUUGCUUGCGAAUCCUA